AUGGGACCUACACCGACGAGCGGGUCUGGUUUCGUACAGCAUACACCUCCCCCUCUCGCCCAUCAUCCGUACUCUGCCCCGGGCAACCCCCAUAUCGCCACGUCGCUCGAAAAGAACUUUGAAGAUAAACUCGGGAUAUCCGGUGGAAUCCCUAUGGGCUUGAACGACAGCAAAGAUAAGGACUUGCCAAAAGAGCCCAGUGGUGGGCGUAGUCGGAGUGGUACAGGGAAGAGUACAAACAAUAAGAAGAGCAUGUUUGGGGUAUUGAGUGAUCUCUUGACCACAAACAAAGCCCCCGUAAUCUCUACGCCGUAUGAUCCGAUCCACCUGACACAUGUCGGAUUUGACUACAACACUGGCCAAUAUACCGGCAUGCCGGCAGAAUGGCAAAAGAUGCUUGAUGACAAUGGCAUCACACGCGCUGAACAGGAGGAAAACCCUGACAAGGUACUCGCAGUCGUCCAGUAUUAUCAGAACCGGGAUGUCACCGACGAUCAGGAGGAGCAAGUAUGGUCAAAGAUGCGCAAUGCCGAGCCACAGGAUGUACCGCCGUCUCCGGUAAUUGCUUCCACGUCACGAGAUAUGUCGAGGGAGAAUAGUCGCGAGGCAUCGUCGGGAUCAGGUCGACACUUUGCCAACCCCCGAGCAGCACCGCCUCCACCUGGAACAUCUGGCGGUAGCGUGAGGACAGUAAGCGACAAGACCUCGUCUGGCCCACCUCGUCAUACACCCGCCGAGCUGACAAGGCCCGCUCGACUCGCUGGACCCGGCGGAUCGUCUGGCGCUCUCGAUCGCUCAGCUUCGCAUAGGACACCUCCUACACAGUCCACAGCCAAUUUCAGGCCGUUGGAUCGAGCCAAUACCACUCGAGCUCCCGCAAGCCGGAUCUCUCCACCCGGUCAGAACGGCGCUGUCCCUGGCGCCUCACAUCAGCAACCGCCAUCUUCACGCGCACCUCCUCAAUCUGCUGGGGUCCAACCUCGACAACCACCUGCGAACAACAAUGGAGUUACACCGAGACGGAGAGAGAAGGAUCUCACCAGUCAACAAGUCGUUCGGCAAUUACGACAAAUCUGCUCGCCUGGUGAUCCAAAUCUGGUCUACCGGAAUCUCGUUAAGAUAGGACAAGGUGCUUCCGGUGGUGUCUACACUGCUCAUGACAAGUCUGGUCAACCAGUUGCUAUCAAGCAGAUGAACCUGGAGAAGCAGCCCAAACAAGAUCUCAUCAUCAACGAGAUCCUCGUAAUGAGAGAGGCAAAACAUCAAAACAUUGUCAAUUACAGAGACUCGUACCUCAUCAAGGGGGACCUUUGGGUCGUCAUGGAGUACAUGGAAGGAGGACCCUUGACGGACGUGGUGGUCGGCCAUUGUUUCAGCGAAGCCCAGAUUGCAGCUGUCAGUCGGGAGGUCUGCGAAGGUCUAAGACAUUUGCACUCCAUGGGCGUCAUUCAUCGGGACAUCAAGUCGGACAAUGUGUUAUUGUCUUUGAACGGGGACGUGAAAUUGACCGACUUUGGUUUCUGUGCAAGAAUAUCAGAUCCGCUCCAGGCCAAACGGACGACCAUGGUUGGUACACCAUACUGGAUGGCACCGGAGAUUGUCAUGCGUAAGGAGUACGGCCCAAAGGUUGACAUCUGGUCCUUGGGUAUCAUGGCUAUCGAAAUGCUCGAAGGACAACCGCCGUAUCUAAACGACAACCCCGUCAGAGCGUUAUACCUAAUCGCUACGACCGGCACACCGAAGAUUGAGGAUUGGGAUCGUUUAUCCGAGGUGUUCAGAGAUUGGUUGACUUGUUGCUUGACGGUGGAUCAGCAAAAACGACCACAUGCGGAUCAAUUAUUAAGGCACGAGUUCUUCCGGAACCCCGCGCCUCUUAUUUCGUUAUCAAAUAUGAUCAGAGCGGCUAAAGCGGGGAACAAGUAG